CUUUUCCUAAUCCACGUGAUGCAGCCAGGGGGCGGAGCUGUGAUGUCACUCUCCUGCAUUCUCUCUGCCUGUGUCAGCCUGGCUCUCUCCUCCAGUAUCCCUGGCCAGGCGUCCGCUCUCUUCCGGAACCCAUGAGACUUCCAGCACUGGAGCUGCCUUAGGGAGGUGGUCUGGGCAAUCAGUGGCCACCAGGACUAGCACCACUGCAGAUUUCAGCAGUCACAGCCAAGCCUAGAAGAACUAAUGGAGAUCUCCUCUGUGGCAUCUGCGUCGUCUGGAGCUGGAAGCAGCCGAUCCCAAGAAAUCGAAGAAUUGGAACGGUUUAUUGACAGCUAUGUUCUAGAAUACCAAGUUCAGGGGCUGCUGACGGACAAAACUGAAGGCGAUGGGGAGAGUGAUAAGACCCAAUCGAACGUUUCACAGUGGGCAGUGGAAUGUACCGACCAGUUGGAUGUCAGCAAAACUUCGCCAAAAAAGAGAGGAACGUCCUGCAAUCACAGUCCAGCGCAGAAUGGCAACAAAGAUGAUAACCUGGACGUGCUGGGCACGGAGAUUUGGGCUGCUAGUACUUUUGAUUCUUUAAGUGGUGCGACUUGGGAUUUACAACCAGAAAAACUUGACUUCACCCAGUUUCAUCGAAAACUACGGAAUGCCCCCAAGCACCCCCUCCCUCAGAUAGACCGAGAAGGGUUCGGAAAAGGGAAAUGUGAAGAUGGAGAGGAGAUUAACCUGAACGACAUAGAGAAAGUACUCCCAACCUGGACGGGAUAUCAUCCAGCUCCUCACGAAGCAGAGAUAGCACACACCAAAAAACUAUUUCGAAGAAAAAGAAACGACCGCAGGAAACAGAAAAUACAUGGAGGUAACAAGCCUCCACAACCACAGCAGAAUGAUCACCAACCGGUUAUUGCCAAACACAACACCAGGGAGCACCAAAAGCAAUACCAAGGAAGCCAAGCACCACCCUCCUCAGGCAAGCAGGGCCACCAUGGCUAUAGCCAAAAUCGCCGAUGGCACAACAACCAGAAGCACCUGCCAAACAACAAUGACUUACAGAGGCACGCCAAAGACACGGACAGUUUGAAAAUAGAGGACACAUCUGUUUGCACUGUACACAUACCGUUAGAAAUCCACAGGAGCACAGAGACAUCAGAACGGAUAUCAACCAGUGGCACAGACUCCGAAACAAAGCGGAAAGACAGUAUUCAGAAUCAGGACCGAGACAGGCCCAAAGUCAACCUACUGCAAUCUUCCAAAGACAGGCUGCGGAGACGGCUAAAAGAAAAGGAAGAAGUUGCGGUUGAAUCCACAAAUCCUCAAAAGACCAAAAUGGACAAACUUAUAGAAAUCUUAAACAGUAUGCGAAAUAACAGUAGUGAUGUGGACUAUAAACUGACCUCGUUCAUGGAAGAGGCACAGAAUUCAGCAAACUCAGAGGAAAUGCUUGGAGAAAUUGUAAAGACUAUUUAUCAAAAAGCUGUGACAGACAGAAGCUUUGCACACACAGCCGCCAAACUCUGCGACAAAAUGGCGUUGUUUAUGGUUGAAGGUACCAAAUUUCGAAGUCUACUACUCAACAUGUUACAGAAGGAUUUCUCAGUGCGAGAGGAAUUACAUCGAUUAGAUGUGGAACGGUGGUUGGGGUUCAUCAGCUUUCUGUGUGAAGUGUUUGGCACUAUGCGGAGCAGUACCGGAGAGCCAUUCAGGGUCCUCGUGUGUCCCAUCUUCACAUGCCUUAGGGAGUUGUUACAGUCACAGGAUGUCAAGGAAGACGCUGUCUUGUGUUGCUCCAUGGAGCUACAGAGCACCGGCCGCCUGCUUGAAGAGCAGUUGCCUGAGAUGAUGUCAGAGUUGUUGGCGAAUGUACGGGACAAGAUGCUUUGUCCCUCGGAGUCCAUGCUGACACGAUCCCUCUUGCUCGAGGUCAUAGAGCUCCAUGCCAACAGCUGGAAUCCUCUGACACCAACCAUCACGCAAUACUACAACAAGACCAUCCAGAAACUGACAGGCUGACUCUGGCACUAGCCUAGGACACAACUUCUGGGUAGGGGAAGAGACACCAAUCUAAAAAAAAAAAAAAAAAAAUACACAUUGAAGUAAACCAGAAUGUACCUUACAAACUGGACUCCUGAACCUUUCUACAAAGAUGCUGUAGAGAUACAGUACACAUUGGUAAUGUCAAUUAGCAGCAUGCUUGAGACCCCAUUCAGUGAAGGAAGGAUCAUCCUUUUCUAUCUUCUGUUACAAGCAGCCUUCUUCUCCUGCUAUAUAUUUGGUAUACUUUUUCUUUUUGACAUUUGCAUACUGUAUAGGCUGCACACGCAAGGAGACAUUGUCACUGUAGGUGCAAAAGAAAUGUGUAUUGAAAGACCAGUGGCUGCUAUUGUUUACACACCAUUGUAAUGGCUUGCACUGGCCAACUGGCAGGAGACAGUUUGGAGCAGAUGUCUCAGGAGGACAAAAGAUGGCGUGGUUCGACCAGACACUCUAUUGUCAAACAGCAGAGCUGUAGGGAUUUGUGCUUUUGAAAGCCUCGAAACAUGGUUUAAUGAUCUAUUAGAAGACUGCACGGGUUGGAUAUUUAUUUGCACUGCUUUGUUUAGUUUUUGAAAUAAAUAGACACUUUCCUUUGGGUGGUCAGAGAAAAAAAAACACAAGUAAUUAACAAACAAACAUAAUAAACAACCAUCACAUUUGACUUGGCAGACUGUGUGUAAAAAAUAAUAAUUCCUUAUUAUUGAUGGUAAAAGACCAAAUGUUCUUGUUACGGCUGUGGUUAAGUCAUAUAUUGGAAGCUGCAAG